AUGAAGCUCGCACACCACCGCGUCCUGCCCUGGCGGCUCCUCACCCAGACGCGACCCUUCUCCUCGACCUCCCCCCGCCUCGAAAUCAAGCACAUCCGCGACCUGCCCGCGCGCAUAAAAUCCUCCUACAUCCAGUCCCCCGCCAACACGCUGCUCAGCCUGCAAUGGCCGUCCCCCCCGCGCAACAUCCUCGUCACAAAAAAGAAACGCACCCCCAACAUCACCGCCUCGGUCGUCGAAUUCGCAUCACACAUCGCCUCGACGUACCCCGCCAUAAACAUCAUCCUCGAGCCAGACUCCGCCGCGGAGAUCCACGAACAGCUCCCGUUCCCCGUCUACACGUACGACAAAGGUGAAGGCACACCGCAGCAUCUAGCCGACAAGACAGACCUAGUCUGCACGCUGGGCGGCGACGGCACCCUCCUCCGCGCAAGCAGCCUAUUCAGCCACGCAGAAAGCGUCCCUCCCGUACUCAGUUUCGCCAUGGGCACAAUCGGCUUCCUAGGCGAAUGGAAGUUCAGCGAAUACAAGCGCGCCUUCCGCUCAGCCUACAUGAGCGGCUCACCCUCAGCCUACACGCCCACCUCCUCGUACCCAAACUACGCCGACAUCCGCGGCAAAGCCCUGGGCCACCACCGCACAGCGCGCAUCCUCCUCCGCAACCGCCUAAAAGUCGGCGUCUUCCACCGCGACGGCACGCGCCUCACCUCCCCCCACACAGGCAACAAAGACACCUACGCCCUCAACGAAGUCACCCUCCACCGCGGCUCAUCCCCCCACCUGAAAAUCAUAGACGUCUACAUCGCCCACCGCUUCCUGACCGAGGCCGUGGCGGACGGAAUGAUUAUUUCCUCCCCCACGGGCUCAACCGCGUACUCCCUCUCCUCUGGGGGCUCGAUUGUCCACCCCCUCGUCCCCUCGCUGCUGCUCACGCCCAUCUGCCCGCGCUCGCUGUCGUUCCGCCCGCUUGUGCUCCCCGCCGAGACGCCGAUUACGCUGCGGCUUGGGGAGAAGAACCGCGGCCGCGAGGUGGAGGUUAGUAUUGAUGGGAGGACGUUUACGGAGGGUAUGGGCGCGGGUAUGGAGGUGCGUGUUUCUGGUGAGGAGGUUAGGCGGGGAGAUGGGGGCUGGGAGGGGGGCGUGCCGUGUAUUGUGCGGGGGACGGUGGGGGAGGAGGAUAGGGCGGAGGAUCAUUGGGUGGGGGGGCUGAAUGCGCUGCUUAAGUUUAAUUAUCCGUUUGGGGAUCAGGAUAAUUAG